AUGACGAUGCAGGCCACUCCGAUUCCCCCGGCGUCUCCCCAAGACCCCUUCCCUGAAGUGGUGAAACUUCCCCCGCUGGUGGCGGUGGAUCAGAAGGAACUUGUGCUAUCACGUCAGGCGAGUCCAGAGCCACAGCCUCUAAGUGAGCUGGUGCCGAUAGACCGUCUGUUCAUCACGAAGCGGCUCCGCGUCAGAAACGUGCUGUUCCUCAGAGGAAAGAAGAACAGAUUCUUCGUCAGAACCUCGGAUCAGGCCCUCGUGUAUACUAUUGAAGAGGAGAAUAGUUGGUGGGUAGGCUACUUCUGCUACGGCUUGCGACCGCUGCAACUCCGGGUCCUCAACAGCCAGGGUUCCGAAGUAAUGCGGAUAAACCGGCCCUACUCCUGCACGGCCAGGAUACUGCCGUGCCAGCUCCAGCACCUGGAAGUCUUCUCACCUCCUGGACAGCUGAUCGGCUGUGUGGAGCAACAGUGGACGCCAGUUAAACCUACGUAUCUGGUGAAGAAUGGUGAAGGAGAUAUUUUGUUUUGGAUUCGUGGUCCGUUCAUAACCCUGAGCUGCUUCCGCGACGUGCAGUUCUCCAUCGUGCGGCCUGACGGCACGGCUGUGGGCGCCACAUGCAAGCGCUGGCAGGGACUCACGCAUGCGCUCUUCUUCGCUCCUGUUACUGAUAAGUUCGGCGUGGCCUUCGAGCGCGACCUCCGAGUGGAGGAGAAGGCGCUACUCCUGGCCGCCACACUCCUCAUGGACUACAUGUACUACGACGUCUGAUUGUUUACAAUACACUGUGCAUACAAUA